AUGGACAGCGCCCUCGCAAGCGCGGCGGCGAUCGCCGACCAGCGCCAGAAGAUCGAGCAGUACCGCCACAUCCUCGCCUCCGUCAUCUCGUCUUCCCCGCCGGACAUCCCCCAGGCCAAGCGCUUCCUCAACCACAGUAACGCGCUUCACUCAAAGCCUAGCCGUAGAUUUCUGGGUACUUGUUUUUUUUUUCUGUGCGUAAUGGCCGGGAUUGUUGCGAGCGCAGUGGUGUCGGAUGAGGUGCCGCUCGUGGUGUCGCGGCAGCUGCUGCAGACGUUCGCGCAGGAGCUGGGGAAGCUGGAGCCGGACUCUCAGAAGGAGGUCGCCCACUACGCGCUCACGCAGAUCCAGCCUCGUGUGGUCUCCUUCGAGGAGCAGGUGGUGGUGAUCAGAGAGAAGCUUGCAGAACUGUAUGAAUCUGAACAACAAUGGUCGAGAGCAGCGCAAAUGCUUAGUGGCAUUGACUUGGACUCAGGAAUCAGGAUGCUUGAUGACACAAACAAAUUAUCCAAGUGCGUCCAGAUUGCGCGACUCUAUUUGGAGGAUGAUGAUGCAGUGAAUGCUGAAGCUUUUAUCAACAAAGCCUCGUUUUUGGUCACAAACAGCAACCAGGAAGUUCUGAACUUACAGUACAAGGUCUGCUAUGCGAGAAUUUUAGAUCUAAAACGUAAAUUCUUGGAAGCUGCACUUCGAUACUAUGGUAUCUCUCAGAUUGAGCAACGCCAAAUUGGGGAUGAAGAGAUUGAUGAAAAUGCUCUUGAGCAAGCUCUUAGUGCUGCUGUAACAUGCACAAUAUUGGCUGGUGCUGGCCCACAACGCUCUCGUGUUCUUGCUACACUGUACAAGGACGAAAGAUGCUCGAAGCUCAAGAUAUAUCCAAUACUGCAGAAGGUAUUUCUUGAAAGGAUUUUGAGGAAACCAGAAAUUGAUGCAUUUGCAGAGGAGCUGAAGCCGCAUCAAAAAGCCCUUCUGCCAGACAAGUCUACUGUGCUUGACCGGGCGAUGAUUGAGCAUAAUCUCCUUAGUGCCAGUAAACUUUACACCAAUAUCAGCUUUGAGGAGCUUGGAACAUUGUUGGGCAUUGACCCUAGAAAGGCUGAGAAGAUAGCAUGUCGAAUGAUCUGCGAAGACAGAAUGCGGGGUUCAAUUGAUCAGGUUGAAGCUGUGAUACACUUUGAGGAUGACACCGAAGGGCUACAGCAGUGGGACCAACAGAUUGCUGGAUUGUGCCAAGCGCUGAACGACAUCCUUGACAGCAUGUCGAGCAAGGGGAUCGCUAUACCUGUCUGA